AUGGCUUCCCCCACCGAACCUCAAAGUGGCUAUGUAGGCAAACUCACCGCAACGGAGGAACAAAAGCUCCGUGACUUCUGGAGGAUCUUGAUCCAAUCAUGGGAUGCGAGCAUACCAGUCCCCAAGGGAGCCUCCGCGAAAGUGAACUCCAGCGCACCAAAAGGCCAUCGGAGGUUCUUCUCAUUGCUCCGGGCCCCAGCACCACCCACGCCAGAGGAGACAUCGGCAAUCCCCCCAAAUCUGCUGGCCACUCUGAAGCUAUGGGAUGCGGGUCCCGCCGAAAUUAAAACCAUCCAAUCACUGCUGGUGAAAUUUCCAGGGGUGAGGCUUCGCUUUGCGUUUUUAGCUGCCCUCAAACAGAACAACCCCGAUGCGCUUCUGCUCCGUUUUCUCCGAGCCGAAAAGUGGAACCUUCCAAAGGCCUGGAUCAAGUUUGUUGCAUCCCUCAACUGGCGAAUCAAUGAUUACAAGGUUGAUAAAGAGGUCAUACUGAAGGGGGAAGCGUAUGCAGUGGAGAAAUCUCGAGUCGGUCGAGAUUCCCCAGAGAAGAAAGAUGCCCAGGGCUUUGCCUUGCAGCUCACCAGCGGAAAGGCUCACUUCCAUGGAUGCGACAGAUGGAAUCGACCUGUCUGUAUAAUUCGAGCGCGAUAUCACGACCCAAAUGCUCAGUCGUCAAAGGCGCUCAACGACUUCAUUGUGUACUGUAUUGAGACUGCACGCCUUCUUCAAGUCUCUCCUGUAGAGAGCUAUGUGAUGCUAGUUGACUUGACCUCAUUUACUCUCGCCAAUUGGGAGUUGCCUGCGGCCAAAUUUGUGAUCGACAGCUUCCAAGCAAACUACCCCGAGUCACUUGGAGCAAUGAUCUUUUACAACGCCCCGUGGGUCUUUUCUGGCAUGUGGAAGAUCAUACAGGGCCUCAUGGAUCCAGUAGUUGCCGCAAAGGUGCACUUCGCCAACGACAUUCAGGAUCUUGAGAAGUUCAUACCCCGCGAUCGCAUUUUGACAGAGCUCGGUGGCGACGAAGACUGGGAAUAUGAAUACAUCGAGCCUACUCUUGCUGAAAAUGAGAAGCUAAUUGACAAGUCCGCCCGAGACGUCAUUCUCGCCGAGCGGGAGCAGCUUGGCGAUGAGCUCUUCAGCCUGACUACCAAAUGGAUCGCAAAUCCGGAAUUCAAAUCUCCGCACACGAGAGACGAUGUGAUUGAAGAGCUUUCCAGGAACUAUUGGGAUCUGGAUCCCUACGUGCGGGCGCGUACAAUCCUCGACCGGACUGGAAUCAUCAAAGGGGACGGGUCGGUGGACUUCUACCCCGCCGGAAGGCCUGAGAGCGAGAUUGUCGAGAGUGAGAUCGCGGAGAGUGAGGUCCUUGAAAGCGAGAUUCCCGAAAGUGAAAUCCCCGAGAGCGAGAUCCCUGAUAGCAAAAGUCCUGAGAUUGAAGAGGUCGUCAAUGAAAAGCAAAAGGUGGAGUCGGAUACUCCGACUGAAACACACGCUCCGCCAGUGGCUGCAUGA